AUGCUCCUUGCCGUGGUCCUUGCCUCUGCCCUACUCCUCUGCUCCGUGGCCGGCCAGGGGUGUUCAACCUUGACAGGGAUCAUGGAUGUCAAGCACCUCAUCAACAACCUGCAGGAACAUCCACUUUCAAAAUGCAGCUGCAGCACCAAUGUGACUGAUUGUUUGUGUCUGCCCAUUCCUUCCGGCAACUGCACUGCAGCAUGCUUCCAGGAGGGUUUGUCACAGAUGACCAACACCACAGUGAAAACAAGAUUCUCCCUGAUUUUCCAUCGGGUGAAAAAAACAGUUGCAGCCCUAAAGAACAACAAGUGUCAAUUUUUUACCUGUGAACAGCCGUGCAACCAAGCCACAGCAGGCAACACAGUGACAUUUCUGAAGAGUCUCCUGGAAAUUUUCCAGAAAGAAAGGAUGAGAGGCAGAGUAUGA